UCAGACGUGUUUAAAAUUCUACACGAAGCUGAGGGGCUUGUUUACCUCGUUGCGUGGACAAUGAUCAUAAAAAAAAAUAGAUCUAAAUGCACAAUUACCAAUCAAUGCUAGAUGAUUGCUCUGACACGUCGGAUGAAUGUUGUGCUUUUUGCUUUUAAAUUACGUUGUACCAGUUUCAGCUACUGGUGAUGUAUAUGGUCAAGUGUUUGUGAUAGCGUUUCCCCAUUUCACGACGUGGUCAAGGGCCAUAUACCUUUCGCUGUACACCCUAGCGCAUUACGAAAUUAAGGUGAAUGUUACGCUGAAUUGGAACAAAGACAAUUUAACUUCUGCGCUCGUAGUGAGUAGACUUAAUCCCCUGUUUUAUCAUCUGGCAGAAGAAAAAAGGGCAGCUAGUGUCAAGGUUAGAGAUGUCUACAGACUUGCCAGUUCUGAGAAAUUUACACUGACCGUCUACGUGACGUCUAAUAAUAGAAGCGUUGAGUCCAUGCAAGCCUUGCCAUGUGAAGGGUGGGGUACAAGGUAUUUUACCCACACGGUUAGGAAACCUCUCUACGUCAUCCUUGUGACCCAGGAGCUAAAUCGGGUCAGCGUCACGUUCACUGCUGUGGACGAUCCCGAGUUUGUUGUCAGGUUCCAGGGAAUGGACUACGGAAACAGUGACUACUUGGAUGUGGGGUUGUUAAGAUAUGAAAGUUAUACAGUUUACUUAUGCAACGAAACAAAAUACUAUUUCGGUCUUGAUAUAACCGCUCAUAAUUUCCCGAUUGGAGUUAUCACUGGAUUCUGUCCUGUCAGUACCGGAUUCCCUUCAUGUGUAGAGCAAACAGCUAUAGAGAGAAUUAAGCUAGAGAACUUCGCAAUGGAGAUGCUUUUCCCGUUUCAAUCGUUUGGCACCGAGUUCUUCAUCUUUUGGCUAGACUCAGACUACAUGAAAGGAGUACUGUUGGUAUCGGCUCCUCUACCAAAAACCCAAAUCACAGAAUACAGUGUCUACGGAACGUCUGCGCCUUACGAUGUCACCCCUAGCAAAACGGUCAAUAUGUCUUCACCCGCCAAAAUCCUCAAAAGUAACAAUCCAAUUCAAGUUAUAUUUGUUAGAAACAUCUUUUGCUCAAAGCUAAGCACAUCUAUAUCCAGUUAUAACACACUUAUCACAGAUAUCUUACCAACUACACUCUUCCUGAAUGCUUAUUACUGGAGCACCCCGAACUCUACUAUGAAUCUGAAGUAUCAUUUCGCUGUCAUUGUGUGCCGACACCAAGAUUUUGAUAAAGGAAUAUACCUGGACAGACAGCUGCUGAAGAAUUACAAGGCUGUCAAACUGAAAGGACCUGACAGUACGGACUGGACGUAUAGUAUCAACAGCCUAAGGCCUGGCACUCAUGACCUCUACGCCAACAGCAGCAGCAAAGUGGGACUUUACGUCUACGGCGUUAAUGAGCUGUACGGCUACAUGCAUCCAGUUGGCUUCAUUGCAGCAUCUCUCAACCCCUCGACCUGUGAUAAAAGGAUGACAAAGGGAGAUCAUAUAGACAAUGACUGCGAUCAGAGAGUUGACGAGGAAGUCAGAGACAAUAUAGACAAUGAUAUGGAUGGCAGAGUUGAUGAGGACUUAGCCUUCCCAAGUCCAAGCAAUGGCAGCUGGGGAGGCUGGAGUGAAUGGAUGUGUGCUGACUGUGAUGGAAGCACAACACAUCGUUCGAGAAUGUGCGAUAACCCAGCGCCAGUCUACACAGGCUAUUACUGUGACGGACAAAACAGGGAGACGAUCGAAGGCAACUGCAGUGCUCUAUGCAGAAACGCGUCCCUCAAGGCGACGACUACAGUGACAAGUCUUCGAUUUGAGACAGCAGACCCUAACAAAUCUAGCACAGUAACUGUUCAAGGACAGAUAACUCUCUCCGUAACAACAUCUGUCUACGUCAGGCGCACUACCCCAGAGUUGUUUAAAGAUGGCGUGUGGAGUGGCUGGACUGAUUGGGAAUGUUCCUUAGACUGUAAAGACGCUAGAAUGAUCAGAAUAAGGAGCUGUGAAGUUAUUUUCGACCUUGAACCCAAUACCUCGCUAUGUGUCGGCCAGCCAGUGAUGCAUAAACCUGGUCACUGCACUUCGAUUUGUCCUGAAGAUUGCCCAGUAGGUAAAUGGGGCAGCAACUGUGCGGGGCAAUGUGAACACUGUGACCCUGACUGUAACAAGAGAAACGGCACGUGCACGGUGUGUAGACCUGGCUACCACUACCCUCACCUGUCCUGCUCCAAACGAUGUGAGAAAUACACGUUUGGGGACAUGUGUCGAGGGAACUGUAUAGAGCGCUGUGGUGGUGAGGACUGCAUGGAGAGAGUUCUAGGCAUCUGUCCGCCUAAAAAUAGCAUACCGUCAGCAUAUUGGCUAUUGCUGCUAAUAAUACCGGUAUCACUCCUGCUCGUUUUGAGACACCGUCACGCUACUGCUCCACCGGCUAUAAAGAAAGAAUCAAUGCUAUCCCAAGCCCCAUCCAAGUCACCCUCCUCUAUUAAGUCCUCCCAGAAGAGUUCUCACUCCUUGGUGAAAGAGACGAGCCUCGGCAAGAGCAGCAGCCACAUCGCCCAGACCAAGCAGCCAUACAAAUUUAUGUACAAGCCCACGGUCAAGUACUCCAUGGACAACACCAAGGACGACUCAGGGGAUCGCUUAUAUAACUACGACCAAAUAUAUGGGACUUUUGUCUAAAAGUCUCAACAAGGGAGAUAAUCGUAGAAGUCUCUACCUCUUUUCAGUGUGUCUUGAAUAACGAUAAUAAAAAACAUAGUCCAGUUAGCUAUAGUCUCCAUCAAUAAGUCUAAAUGUACAAACCCCACGGUCAAGUACUCAAUGGAAAACACCAAGGACGACUCAGGGGAUCGCUUAUAUAACUACGACCAAAUAUAUGGGACUUUUGUCUAAAAUUCUCAACGAAGGGAGAUAAUCGUAGAAGUCUCUACCUCUUUUCAGUGUGUCUUGAAUAACGAUAAUAAAAAACAUAGUCCAGUUAGCUAUAGUCUCAACAAAAGUCUAAAUGUACAAACCCCACUGUCAAGUACUCCAUGGACAACACCAAUGUCCACUCAGGGGAUCGCUUAUAUAACUACGACCAAAUAUAUGGGACUUUUGUCUAAAAUUCUCAACGAAGGGAGAUAAUCAUAGAAGUCUUUACCUCUUUUCAGUGUGUCUUGAAUAACGAUAAUAAAAAACAUAGUCCAGUAAGCUAUAGUCUCAACAACAGUCUAAAUGUACAAACCCCACUGUCAAGUACUCCAUGGACAACACCAAUGUCCACUCAGGGGAUCGCUUAUAUAACUACGACCAAAUAUAUGGGACUUUUGUCUAAAAUUCUCAACAAGGGAGAUAAUCGUAGAAGUCUUUACCUCUUUUCAGUGUGUCUUGAAUAAUGAUAAUAAAAAACAUAGUCCAGUUAGCUAUAGUCCCCCUCAACAACAGUCUAAAUGUACAAACCCCACUGUCAAGUACUCAAUGGACAACAGCAAGGACGACUCAGGGGAUGGCUUACGUUACUAUGACCAAAUACAUGGAACGUUCGUCUAAGCCUAUUGUCAACAAGGGAGAUAACCGUAGAGCUCUUUCUCGGUUUGCACUGUCUUGAAAAACGAGAAGAGAACAAAUAUUCUAAGACAACUCCAGUGAGCUGUACCUUUCUUUUUCAAUAGUUUUAAAUAAAAACUUGGACCAGAAGCUCAUUUUAAGUAAAGCUGAUUAUUUAGAAAAUAUCUUUUCACUAACAGCCUGAUCAUACUCUAGAUCUGUUUUUAAAUACUUUUUCAUUAAAACAAAAUAAAAC